CUUUUGUAGUUCCAGCCGUCAACAAAAUUUCCCAUGAAGGACCCAAACCGGAAGUGCUGCUAAUGACAUGUCUAACUUGCUGGUAACAAGCGACGACAGGCGACAUCCGUUGAGGAUGCGGCGGACCCCGCAGCGGGGACGAGCCGCGGGCGGGAUGCUUGUGUCCGCUGGCCUGCCGUUGUCGUCGCCACCCCAUCUCUCCUGGACCCCGCUGCACCCAUGAGGCCGACGCCGAUGACGCCCCGAGCAGCGACAGCGAGGCGGAAAGUGUCCGCGGACGGCGAGCAUGUGCUGCAGCUGCUGCUGGCGCGUCGGGUUCGCAUGGACGCGGUCGUGUGUGGUUGAUCUCGGCCGGAACCAAAGCGUCUCUGUCCCUUGCUACGCCGGCGAACCGCACUCGUUUUAUGGGUCCGUCAUCGUCCUUCCCCCGCACGACCACGGCGGGAUCAUGUCGGCGCUGGGGUCGGACGCCUGGUGGCGAAAGACGCUCUAUUUGACCGGGGGGGCUCUGCUGGCCGCCGCUGCCUAUUUGCUGCACGAAUUGCUGGCUAUCAGAAAAGAAGAAGAGUUGGACUCUAAAGACGCCAUCAUUCUGCACCAGUUCUCACGACCCAAAACCGGCGCCCCGUCCCUGUCCCCCUUCUGCCUCAAGAUGGAGACCUACCUCCGCAUGGUGGACCUGCCCUACCAGAACUACUUCGACGGCAAGCUUUCACCACAGGGCAAGAUGCCUUGGAUCGAGUACAACCACGAGCAGGCGUGCGGCUCUGACUUCAUUAUCGACUUCCUGGAGGAGAGGCUGGGCGUGAGUCUCAACAAGAGCCUGACGCCGGAGGAAAGGGCUGUGUCGCGUGCUGUCACCAAAAUGGUGGAGGAACACUUCUAUUGGACCAUCGCCUACUGCCAGUGGGUGGACAACCUGGAGGAGACCCAGAAGAUGUUGUCCGUGAGCGGGCCGCUGGGCGAGCUGCUCAAGUGGAUCCUGAGUCACGUGACCGGUGGAAUCGUCAAGCGGGAGAUGUACGGACAUGGCAUGGGACGCUACUCCAAAGAAGAAGUCUACGCCCUGAUGGAGAAGGACAUGCGCACGCUGGCCACCCUGCUAGGCAAUAAGAAGUACCUUAUGGGCUCCAAGAUCUCGACAGUAGAUGCCACAGUCUUUGGUCACCUGGCCCCCGCCAUGUGGACCCUACCUGGAACCCGACCAGAGCAGCUCAUCAAAGGUGAGCUGAUCAACUUAGCCAUGUACUGCGAGCGUAUUCGCCGGCGCUUCUGGCCCGAGUGGUUUGUGGACUUGGAGGACUUCUGCUACAAGGACACGUCGGAGGGCAGCGUCUCGGCCUCCAGGCUGCCUGACCUCGGCCUCUAUUCCCGCACGGACACCUUCCAGGACGACACCCACUCGCACGGUGCACACACCAGCCACACGCCGCCGCCGCCGCUGUCGCCCGCCAGCGACCCCACGGGCCACUCGCUGUACGACUCCGACAUGGACACCGAGUGCUCAGAGAUGGAGCUUCUCAAGUGUUGACGAAAGGUUAAAAGGAGGUCAGAGUCGCCGGAAACAACAACGACAUAAUCCACCACGUGCAGCAAACUUGCGUUGAUGUCGCAUCGCCGUAACCGUGGCAGCCGUGUGUGUUUGCCCCCCUGGUGAGCCAAUAGCGCCACCUAGCCUCUACUCACUACGAAGGCCACAUGCAGAAGGACGUUGAUUGUGUAAAUAUGACCUACAUAUGCAUAGAAAUAGCAUAGCUAGCCUGCAAAUAUCAGAGAAUAACAUCAUGUCAUGUAAAUACUUCACCCACGUCUUUGCAUUACUCAUAGAAACGCCCCUUUACCUGAUCUCAGAUCAGUAGAAGCACCUUCAAAUUGCAGUUUUAGCCCCCUUUUAGUCACCUUAUCAAGUCAAAAGUAUGGUUAGCACAAGGAUUCAUUUCAUUGUUUUUUUUAUUGUAUUUUAGAUUCAUUUAGGAUAUUUAUUGAUUGAUUUAUUGAACGCCACCUCUAUGAUGAUCAUUUGGUGCUCAUGAUCCAUAUGUGGAUAAUUUGGCCUUGGCGGAGGUCUUCGCCCCGACUGAGUGCCAUUCUAGUCUGUUUAUGAGGAUGCUGAGCUGUAACGGUGCCGCCUUAAAACACAGCUUGGUGUCAAAUACAAAGAGGCACUGUACAUAAAAAAAAGAUUUGUUUGCUUGUCCAUAUUUAUGUUAUAUAUGGCUCCGCCCCUCCCACGGUCACGGAUCACUGCGAUGACAAAACACACAUACGUGUAAAGGAAAGCUUUAUGUUCCAUGAACAAGAGCAGUAGAUGGGACACUAUUUAUUUGCUGACUCAUUCCCCCUUCCUUUGUCUUCUCGCACAAACAUGCUGGUUGUUGUGUGCGUUUGUCGUUCAGCAAACGCACAUGUUGCCAAAAAGCAAGGUCACAUGUCAAAGGACAGCCUUAUCCAAAAUAACCAUGCUCAGUUUCAAUGGACACAGUCAUUCACCCCCCCUCCCCCCAGCCAAAACAUAUUGUACGCUUUUUAUCACAAGUUGCCCUACCAAUGAAUAAAAUGAGACAUUGUAAUGCAUGCAAACAUGAAGUCCAGCCAAAUGAACGAGUUCACGUAUGUAGCGUUAAUGUGUAGCGACAUUCAUGAGGUGUACUUUAAAAAAAAAUAACAACGGUUUCCUUGAUUCAUUAUUCUUUAUUAUUAUUAUUUUUUUUUUUUAAGAGGUCAGGCAUGUUGUUGCCUCGUACCAGCAUUAUUCACGUUUGGCCUUAAGUGGGUGGGAAAAAUGUUCUGUUUUAUUUAUAUUGUGUAUCUUAUAUUUUAUUAUGUCAUAUUAAAUUGUGCUUAUUUAUUAUUAGGAUUUAUAUAUAUAUAUAUAUAUAUAUAUAUAUAUUAUUUGUAUUUUUUUAAUAUUUGGGAUGUAUUUUUUUGGUUGUUGUUGCUUACUGGUGCCAGCAUGCAAUACUUGUUUUCUGUUAUAUUAUUUGUACGUUUACAGCUAUGUAGUAGAAAAGUGCAAUAUCCUGUGUAUUUUAGUGCCCUUCCUGCGCUGUGCUGGUUGAUAUCUAUGUUUUGGGUUGCCAGUUCAAGUCCUCACAGUCAACUUUCAUCAGGCAAAAAAAGAUAAGUUUUACCCAGAGAAAUAAAACAAAAAAAACCCCUCAUUUUGAAUACAUUAAA